AUGGGGUCGACAAGUGUAGAAGUCAUUCCAGCAGAGACAGGGGCGGAUUAUUGGACCAGCGGCGGUGCAGCAUUCACCGAAAGAACGGCAGAGAAAAACGGCAGGCAGAUGGCGCCCAUGGGGACUGCCGAGAAUCCUUCUGCUGCAUCAGCCGCUGCCUCAGUUGCCAAGGAGGAAGUUCCAGCUGCCGAAAUGGCAGAGGCUGCAGGAGGGGAUGCGGCAGUGGUAAAGGGGGAAGGGAAAGAGGAAGCUGCGGUCGCAUCAUCGGAAGGGGCAGCCGCAAAGGCGGCUGCAGGAGAGGUGCAGCGGGGUGUAUCGGGAGCUCCCGAUGCAUCGGUUAAUGACUCAAAAGGCAGGGAUGCAGCAGAAGGAGGCUCCAAAGAAUCAAUCAACUAUGCAGAACGCUAUCUUAAGGCGAUGGGCAUGAGCAGCAGCAGCAGCAAUGGCGCGAGCGCGACGUGCCGAGGCUUUGACUUGGCGGCUGCAGCUGCAGCUCGAGAUCUGCCCCCAGAUGACAGUGCUGAGGGGGAAGUUACUGGCUUCAAGUUUCCUUCGUAUGAGGAAUUUUUGAAGGAAGAAGAGCAAACAGCUGCAGCAGAUGCAGCAGGCAGCAGCGACACGCAGGAUCAGGGUCACCUGGAUGAUGCGUUUGCCGCUUUCAUGACUGAACUGGAGCGCAUUCCCACAUCGAACCCCCAAACUCGCCGCGCUGCGGCUGCUGCAGCACUCGAAGGCAAGACAAUUUCCGAAGUUGCGCAGGCGAAGACUGCCAAAGUAGUGGUGGCUGCUUUCGGGGAUGCUACCUCCGAAUGCGUGCGGCUAACCUCCCAGGUCUUUGUUUCGCCCUUUCAAGUGCUCCUUCUUACCCCUGAUGCUACGGAGGAGGAUAUCAGGAGGCAGUAUCGCAAGCUGUCGCUGCUGAUUCAUCCUGACAAGUGCAAACAUGAACUUGCACAGGAAGCGUUUCAAGUCGUGAAUAAGGCAUACGAGAAGGUGCAGGAAGAAGGCGUCCGGCAGCGAUACGAGGGUGUCAUUGAGGAAGCAAAGAAGCGCGUGUUGAAGCAGAGAGUGCAAGAAAACAAGGCACGGCGAGCUGCUGGCCAAGAACUGCUGCCCGAGACGCUGGAUGCCCUUCGUGGCGCUGUCUUUGAGUGCUGCGAGGCGCUGCUGAAGGAAAUCCAGGAGAAGAAGGACUACGCAGACAAGUGUAAAGCCGCCAAUGAGAAGUAUGAGCGAGAGAAGGAGGAUAAGCUGAUUGAAGAAGAGAAAGAAAAGUGCAGGGAGAGGAAUGAAUGGGUGAAGAAGCGGGAUGAACGCGUAGGCAGCUGGAGAGAGUAUCAGGAGGGUUUGAAGAAGAAGGAAAUUGACCACCGUGCCUUUACGGGGUUGCGACACGUCAGGGAGGAGCGCCGAGACGAAGAUCUCGUCAAGAAGCGGCAGAAAGUACAGGGAAUCGACAAUUCUUACAAGCUCAACUGGAGAUAG